AUGACUGAUUUACACAACAUUAUCACAGGGAUAGAGAAUUACGACGAAUACUGUUUUAGACCAAACUCUAAUAGCAGUUGUGCCUCAACAAACAUAUUGGAAGCUUUUGGUUUUCAAAAGAAAAAUUUAGUUAGCAAUAUUUUACGACGUAUCGAGACCAUAAUCCAGAAUGAUGCUUUUCUUAUGUCGAACGGAAGAAGACUUUUGGAUAAUUUUAAUCAAAUUUUUGGAAACACUGCUUCUAUUAAUUCAAUUAAUUCCACAAACGCACUGAGAAUAGUUUACUUUAUGAAAGAGCAUGACAGAGGAGAAGAGAGAAGGGAAGGCAUCUUGGAGUGGGAAGAGAUAUUUUUGAAUAAAGUAUCAUCUUUUUCGAAAAAUACUACGUGUGCGAAUGUCUUUUAUGCAGCAGAAAGAAGCCUGGACGACUCAGUUGAGGAAAGUACUGGUUCUGAUAUUAAGUUUUUUGCCGUAACAUUUGUGAUCAUGGGAAUUCUUAGUGGCGUUGUGAAUGGAAGAUGCGCAGAUGCUCGUUACGGCCAUCAAUUGUUAGGAUUUAGUGCCUUGUUGUCCAUAUAUCUAGGGGUCACUAGCUCGCUUGGUUUCUUAAUGUUGGUCGGUGUUCCUUUUAUCAGUAUGGUCGGUGUUCUACCAUUUUUGGUUGUUAGCAUUGGCAUUGACGAUGUGUUCAUUAUCCUACACGAACUUAAUGAAAUGAUCCGUCAAGAUAUACCUGCAAAUCAUAUUCUUAGUGGGACAAUGGCUAGAAGCGGUCCAACUAUUACUAUGACAACUCUUACAGAUCUCGUAGCAUUUGCCGUGAGCUGUCGCUCCAUCUUCCCUUCUAUUCGUAUUUUCUGCACAUACGCAGCUCUAGCAAUUUCAUCUGUUUUUGUUCUGCUGCUAACAUUUUUCGUUGGUUGUAUGUGGUUUGAUAUUAAAAGAAUCAACGCUGGACGCCGGGAUUUUUUGCCUUGGUUAAUGAGUCCUCCCCCAACUGAUUGUUGCUCAGGAAUCCGGAGAAGUGGACUUGACAACGUUAUGAAAGCAUGGGGGAAAAAAAUAGUGUCACCCGCUGGCAAAACCAUUAUCUUUUUGAGUUCACUACUUCUCCUUUCUUUUGGGAUUUAUGGCGCUCGUAGCAUUGACGAGAGCUUCAACAGAAAGCUGUUGACAACUGAAGAUUCGCAUUACCGGGAAUUUCUAAAAGUUUAUGAAGAAAACUUUCAUCUUAAUAUCGAAGUCAGUAUUAUCUUUACAGCACAGGCUGAUCAGUCGAGCAACGAAAUUAAAAAAACAUACUCUUAUGUGGAGAAUCUUGUUGAAAAUAAUGAAUAUUUCGACACAGGAAGCAUAUCAUGGUUAUCUGAAUAUAUAUCUUGGGCACAAAAAAGAAACAUCGAGAUUAACAAUACCAGAAUAUUCCAUGCCUACUUGCAAGAAUUUAUUUCAAUUCCGAAGUAUCAAAGAUUCGCCCAGGAUCUCAAAUUUUCUGAAGAUAAAACACAUUUGAAAGCUUCAAGGAUCUUAGUUUAUUCUAGAAGUGACCCUGACUCAACCUUUCAGAGAAAUAUGAUGGCCAGCAUUCGAAAAGAUCUCCUCCAUUCCUCGAAUGUUCAUGCUUUUGCCGUUGCUCUGCCGUUCAUAUACUUUGAACAGUAUGCACGUGUACUUGAUGAAACCAUUAGGAACUUGAUCGUCGCCGGAAUUUCAAUUAUUUUGAUAUCGUGCUUGUUUCUUAAUCACUUUGUAAUAAUAUUUUGUCUCAUAUGGGGAUUUGUUGCUCUUAUAUUUGAACUACUUGGCCUGAUGUACAUAUGGAAUGUCUCGUUAAACUCAAUCUCUAUGAUAAACCUUAUUAUGGCUUUGGGAUUUUCUGUAGACUACAACGCACACGUCGCUUUUCACUUUGUUUCCUCUAAGGCUACCACGCCUGAACUUCGUGUCAUCGAUGCUCUACACACAGUUGGCGGUAGUGUUUUCCUAGGAGGGCUUAGUACAUUCCUUGGAAUGAUGCCAACGGGAUUCACUUCCUCCACAGAAAGAUAUUUGACUUCCGCGUAG